CGGGGGACCGGGCCUUUUGUUUGGAGCAGCUGCAGGGGGGGUGGGGGGGGGCCCUGGAGCGGCGAGGCCGGCGGCCUUCCCCAGCUCCCUCGGUCCGGCGCCCCUCGCAGGGGUGGGGGGGGCCGCCCCCGAGGCUGGGCCUCACCUCAGGCCCGCUGCCCCGCCCUAGGCCCGCCCCGCCUGCCCGGCCUAAGGGGAGGAACCCGCCCGGCCUCCGCGCACUGCUGCCCGGCCACCUCCGGAGUCGCCACCUCCACCCUCGGUGCGUUGAACCCGAGGCUGCCCCUCGCCCCUCAGGCCGUCGCCAUGAAGAUCAAGGAUGCCAAGAAACCCUCUUUCCCAUGGUUUGGCAUGGACAUUGGGGGAACUCUAGUAAAGCUCUCAUAUUUUGAACCUAUUGAUAUCACAGCAGAAGAAGAACAAGAAGAAGUUGAGAGCUUGAAAAGUAUCCGGAAGUAUUUGACUUCUAAUGUAGCAUAUGGAUCCACUGGUAUUCGGGACGUACACCUUGAACUGAAGGAUUUAACGCUUUUUGGCCGAAGAGGGAACCUGCACUUUAUCAGAUUUCCAACCCAGGACUUGCCUACUUUUAUCCAAAUGGGAAGAGAUAAAAACUUCUCAACGUUACACACGGUGCUAUGUGCUACAGGAGGUGGUGCUUACAAGUUUGAAAAAGAUUUUCGUACAAUUGGAAACCUCCACCUGCACAAACUGGAUGAACUUGACUGCCUUGUAAAGGGCUUGCUGUAUAUAGAUUCUGUCAGUUUCAAUGGACAAGCAGAGUGCUAUUAUUUUGCUAAUGCCUCAGAACCGGAGCGAUGCCAAAAGAUGCCUUUUAACUUGGAUGACCCCUAUCCACUGCUGGUAGUGAACAUUGGCUCGGGAGUCAGCAUUUUAGCAGUCCAUUCCAAAGACAACUAUAAGCGAGUAACCGGAACAAGCCUUGGAGGAGGUACUUUUCUGGGCUUAUGCAGUUUAUUGACUGGCUGUGAAAGUUUUGAAGAGGCUCUUGAAAUGGCAUCCAAAGGUGACAGCACCCAAGCUGACAAGCUGGUCCGUGAUAUUUAUGGAGGAGAUUAUGAAAGAUUUGGUCUUCCAGGUUGGGCUGUAGCAUCUAGUUUUGGGAACAUGAUUUAUAAGGAGAAGCGAGAAUCUGUUAGUAAAGAAGAUCUGGCAAGAGCUACCUUAGUAACUAUCACCAAUAACAUUGGUUCUGUGGCACGAAUGUGUGCUGUAAAUGAGAAAAUAAACAGAGUUGUCUUUGUUGGAAACUUUUUACGUGUCAAUACUCUCUCAAUGAAACUUUUGGCAUAUGCACUGGAUUACUGGUCAAAAGGUCAACUGAAAGCAUUGUUUCUAGAGCAUGAGGGAUACUUUGGAGCAGUUGGUGCACUUCUUGGGCUGCCAAAUUUCAGCUAAAGCGUCAGGUUUCGCUCUGCUAAUAAAUGUCAUCUAAGAGGAACUGAAAACCAGAGGCGUUAUUACUGCAUUAUUUGUCAUUGGGAACCAAAGGAUAUAUAAAAGUAGCACUAUUCCUGUUGAUUUUUAAAUGUCAAAAUGGUAAGCCGCUAAAUGUUGCCAUAUUAAAAGACAGAACUUGGAAACAGGUGAAGUAUUUCUAAUUGAAAUGCUUUCCCUUCUGUAUAUAGCCAGUGUUAAAUGCAAUACAGCCUCUGAUAAUUGAGCUUUCUCUCAAAAAGAUUUUCUAUUUAUUUUAUGCAGCCAACAUUACAGUACUGUAUGCUCAAACACAAAUCUUAAAAAUCUCAGAAAUGUUUAGCUCAUGAAAAUAAUUGAUUCUGAAUAUUUGUUACAAGUCUGUUCUAUGUGUGUUUUGGUUACUAGUAAACAGACAGUAACAUUCCCUGUGUCAAGAUUAAUUGAAAUGGCAAUCAAAGAUGAUCAUUUUCAUGUGAUUUUAGAAAUGUUAAGGCAAUAUUAAUUUUCAUUAUUAUAGUUUUCCUAACAUAUCGCCCCCCCAAAAAAAGUACGUUUGUGUAAUCUUUUCCCAGAAGUACCUUUUUCCAACGCCAUGAUUUAAUUGAAAUACUAUUAAAUAUUAGCCUGAAUUUUAAAUGAAUUCUAGAUAAUGCACAGAUUUGGUGAUAUUGCACUUUCUGUAUUUUAAUAGGUAAUCAAUACAUUAUAAAAUGUUUAGUAUUUUUUAACUGGAGACUUAAUUGCUUAUUGGAAAGCCCAUUUGAUGAGGUCCCAGGACUAUUUUGAUGGAGUAUGGUUUGCAUGCACUGGUGGAGUUCUGUGCUUUUCCUGUACCACGCUUAUCUCAGGCCCAGACUCAGCCAUUUCUGUUUAAUUAGGUCCGAACCAUCAAAGCGCAAGAUGUAAUUCUAUUGUGAACAGCAUCAAAAUCACAUUUAUUCUAAAUGGAUGUUAUGGAAAUCUGAGAGAUGAGUUGUUUUGAAACUCUGUGACUCUAAGGCAGUACUGCAAAAUUACAAGAGGAUCAGUGUUUUAUACAUUCUGGUAAUCAGAGGAUUAUAGUUCCAAAAUUUGUAAAUCCCUUUGUCUUAGAAUUUGUUCUCUAUUUUGAAUCAUUUUUUUAUAACGUUAUAAGUUUUUUCAGGUUUUUACUUUGACAGUAACAUUUUGGAGGUCCAGUAGUUCUGUGAAGUUGUCUAAGACUGGUAUUUACGGUUUACAGAGUAGAGAGGCUUGGGGGGGAAAUUUGCCUCCUGAAAUUACGAGGGAAUCUGGAUGUGCUUUGAAGAGCUUAAAGUUGUUUACAUUAUAGGAAGAAGUAUUACGACGUGUUCGUGUUUUUACAGAACACACAGUUUUGCUCCAUAGAGAAUAAUUUUCAUUAGACUACCAAGAGGUGCUUGAUAAAGACAUUUCUCCUGUAGUUUUCAAAUUUUGUGCUCAAAUAUUUAGAAUUCAGUUUUCUUUAUCUAAAGACAUUAAAGUGAAUAAUAGAAGUGAAUGGGUAAAGGGGAAAGUAUGUCAAGGUAAUUUUUAGAAUUUAGAAUAUUUGGAACUUUGAAUUUAUGUCAAGCACUAGUCAUUUUGAAAACCUACAGUGACUAAAAGCUUCUUUCUUUUAAUGUUUCCAUUAUAGUGAGACAAGAUAUAUCAGCCAAAGCCAUCUAUUCAGUUUAUUUUCAAAUUUGUGAUUUGGGUUGUACAAAAAGUAUUUAUUUCUAAAUGACAAUAACUUCAAGUUGUAUUCCUGUGGCAAACUGUACAUUAGCAGCUAUAGGUUUGGGGUGGUCUUUAAGAGAGAAAUGGAAUGAUCAAUGUCUAUAUAAGUUAAUUUGAUCAAUACUUUGGUUAAUUUGGGACUUAAUUCCUACUUUUUGUCCUUUGAAACUGAAGUUACCUGCUAUAAGGCAUGUAGAGGGGAGUACCAUCCCACCACACUUGCUCGUGACAAUUCUCAUGGAUAACCUAGAAUUACUGGAAUAAUAACACAGAAUUAUGAUGGAGGCUGCCACGAUUCUAGUUUUUGAUUAUGACUUCAAAUUCCUUCUAAGCGUACAGUCAUGAAGAGGUUUGAUUCUAAUCCCAAUCAACAUAAUGCCUCAGAGUUCUGCCUUCCUGAACAGAGCUAACAGAAAUAAAAUGUGAGCCACGUGUAACGUCACAUUUUCUAGUAGGCACAUUUAAAAAGUAAAAAAUAGAUGAAAUUCAUUUUCAUUAUAUAUUCCUAUUUAAUACAGUAUAUUCUCUAUGUUACUUCAACAUGUAAUCAAUAUUAAAAGUUAUUUAGGGGACAUUUUACGUUUUGGCUUUUUUGUACUUAGUUGUCUAAAGCAGCAGUUUGUAUUUACACUUACGGCACAUCUCAGCUUAGACUAACCACACGUCAGUAGCCAUGGUUCUUGGCAGCCCCACUGGGGUAGUGGCUACUGUACUAGAGCAGUUUUGGAGCUAGCACUGUGAUGUAGCCACUAAAACUUCAUGAAGAUGGGCUUUUAAAGAAAGUGUGAGGGGAAAAUAUGAGAACCUUGUUUUUUAGAGAAGGGGGGAUAGGAAGUAGCUGAUUUCGGCGAAUUUAUUUUACCCAGACAAGCUGAUUUCUGACCUUUCCAAAAAUACUUCACAUUGCAUCCUGCCACCUCAUCACAGUGUGGAGCUGAUAAAGUUCCCCAACACACACUCUGACUGCCCCCAGCCUCCAAAAUGCCUGUUUCCUUCACUGAAGCAAGUUUGAUGAUUCAAGCGAUUUACAAUACAUUCCCCCCGCCUUAUCUAAUUUAACUGCAAGAAACCAGUUGUAAAGGAGUAAAAAGAGGCCCUUUUAAUUCUUCAUUGAGUUAUGUACACACAAGAGAAUCUUCUUUAUAACUUUUGGAUUUUUCAGUUCUAAACAUUUUGAUAACAUUUCAAAUGCAGGGAGCACUAUCAGCUUGUUUUGGGGCUUGGUAAAGAACACAAGGUCUAGAACUUUCCACAACCACCCAAAAAAGACUGCCUGUUAUAACCAGAGAUUUUCAGAGCUAAUGGCUUUCAGUUCUGCACCCUGAUUUCUCCACAGACAAAGCAUUAGUUGAUUUGGUUGCCUGUCGACACGGGCAGUUCAUUGCUCAGCAACUCUAAUUUAAAUAGGUGGACUCUCAGUUUAGGUAACGUCAGUGCUACUGCCAAUAACAUAUCCCUGGUAACUGACAGUCCUUCAAGAGGUUCAGAAUAUUUGCCAAAUAUUAGACUCUAAAGAUUCCUGAGUUUUUGCCUUUGCGUGCAAAUGUGAUUGCGAUAUUAAGUGCUGUGUAAGGACUGGUUCCCGACAGUUUCAGUUUUGUAAGCAGAAUGAUGCAGCUGCAAGGGCAAAGCUUCCCCUCCGUGUCUAGCGAUAAUUCUUGCCUCAGAGCAGGCAUGGCGUCUUGCCUUGACUUCCAAGGUUGCAUUCUUGGGUGCAGCGCUCAGCAAGGUAAUAGCUUCCAGAUGUCCUUUGUAACCACUGUUUGUUGUGUACAAAAUUUUUCAUAUUUUAUCUUUUUUUUUCUGGUUGAGCACUUAAUGCUUUUUAAUCUAUUACAUUUGAGAAUGUAGUUUAGAAACUCUCCUUUAAAGCCAUGUGAAAAAGAAUAAUCACCAGGAAAAUGAGUGUACAUUAUUUUUCAUUUAACUUAGUAUUUUGUGGUACGUAUAAACAAAAUACUAGAAACAUAUUGCCUUUUUAAAAAACUACUCCUUGACCUAUUUAAGAUGAUUUGCCAUGAAAUGUCAGUGAUGUCCUAAUUUUCCCCAAUACAUUUAUUUUAGUGUUUUAUUCUAAUACUGAAGGAAUUCAGCCAACUUUUUUCUAUCAUAUAAUCUCACAAAAUAAUGUGCUUUAUACUACCACCUGUUUUCAAUACUUGAGACAAAAGUUGUUUUAUAUUUUUAUUGAGCCUGGUAAUAAUCAUCAAAGACCCAAAAAGUAAUUUUUUUCCCUUUAAAGUAUUUCAAUAGCCUAUUAAAAUUAUGGCAUGAAAAGUCAUCCCAGCUUUGCAGCCUUAUCUAAAUUUUGAGUAAUUUCCACUUCCAAAAAGCUCACAUUUUCUUAAAGCAAUCCCUAUCUUUUAUGUCAUCUGUGGACGUGGGAUCAUAAUUUCAUAUUGUAUUAGAAACAGCACCAGGUACUGGUCUAAUGUCUUUGAAUGUGGUUUUCUUUAUUUGUAAAAUGAGGAAAUUGAUUUGUUACAGUGGAAUCAACUACCAUCAGGAUCCUGAGAAAGAGCUUUUUUGCUUCAUUCAUGGCAGCAUUUGGAAUGACUAAAACAGCUGGUUCAGAUACUGGCAUCAUGUUUUGGAAUUUAUUUGUAUAUGUUGACAGGUACUAGAUUUUGAAUUCUCACUAAACCAACAGAAUGGUAUUAGUUCUUUUCUCAUAAUGUUAUGUUACUGCCUGUAAGAGCCAAGCAGGCAGUAAUUUAAAUUAAAGUAAUCUGAAGGGUUUUAUAUAUAUAUGGCCAUAAAAGUGUGCGUACUUUCAUCUGUAAAGGUAUCUGGGAUUUUUACCAUGUUAACUUCAAAAUUAUAUGGCCAUUAUUAUAACUUUUCCAUUGUACAACAAGAAACAUCCCACUAAGUCCAUAGAUGUUUGAAUAUUAACUAUAUUGGGAGUUUUUAGUGACCCUUUUCUUCAAGCUUGUUUAUUUCUGAACAUUGUGAGUGGAGAGAGAUGUGACAUAAACCCCUCCUGGAAUUAUGUACUGCUUUUGUCAAAUAAUUUGUAGUGAAAUUUAUAAAACAAUUUUAAUUACCUACAAGUUAGUUGAAUUCAAUAUUUCAUUACGUAGUGUAGUCCCCUACCUCAAAUAUGAGACCAGAAACACUCUUACCCUUAGGGUUGUCAGAAUAAUCGGAUUGGACACGUGUCUGACAUUUCCAUCACACUAUUUAAAAUAAACGGAGCAGUGAGCUGAUAGUGGGGCUUUAGGUGCUGAGCUAGUGCUGAGUGACGUGUAACAGGAAGUCAGGUUUUUUUCUCCUUAAGAAAAAAAUCAAAAUCUUUACAUUCUGGCUCUUUCUUUAGUCAGAGGUUAUUUUUCUUUUAGAUUUUUCAGUCUUUUUGUCGUAGCAGCCACUAAUUUUGUGUUUAAAAGAACUAAUGAGGAAUGCAAUUUUCAAAGGAGUGAAGUUAAAAUUCAAGAUUUUGAAUUGUAUAAAUACGCAAGUAAAUUUCCAUUUUAAGAUAGUGCUAUACGUAUUUUUUUGUUUUUAACAUUCAUACACUGCAGUGCUUAACAGUUCCAGUAGCUUUCAAAGGAGACAUAGCUGCUUUUACAUAAUUUGUAAAGUAUACAUAAAUAAUGCAGAUAGUUUGAGAUGAUUUUAGCCUUACAUUGUAUCUGAAUCAUAUGGAUAUCAGUCAGUACUUGUUGCAAAUAUUAAGCCAUUUUGAAAUUUGUCACUUUUUUCUGAGAUACUCUUUUUAGUUUACAUUUAGAAACGAGAUAACUUUAUAGACCUGACAUCAAUAUCCUAGUCUCCUUUCCCAAAUAUAAUUAGUGGAAUUAGGAUGGAAGUCAUGUUAAGAUGUUUUUAUCAUUUUUUUUAAAACAUCAUGUGCUUUCAUUUUUUAUUUCAACUACAGUGAAACUGACUUUUUGACUGAAGUUGUCUUAAUUUUGCCCAGUUAUUGACCAAAUCAUACAUAGAUCUUCGUAUGUGUUACUUUUACUUAUACAAGCCAUUUCAGUUUAAGUUGCCUUAUUCCCUCUAUUGCAUUCUUCUUGUCAAGUCUAAGCUUUGUCAUGUUGGAUUUCUUCUAACACUGAAUCUGUAAUGUAAAAAUGUAUGAUGUGCUACAAAUUUUAUUCAUAAUAAACUAAGUUAUAGCCUAUUGUAACCUAUAAAACAUUUCUUGUAAAUGGUCUAAUUUAUUUUUUCAUUUAUGUACAGUUUCUUAUGUAAAUUUUUAAAAUAUUUGUUGUGGCCUGUUCUGUAAACAUUACCACACUCUUCCUUAACACUUACUUGCAUGAAAGAAACUUGGGUUUUGCUGGUUUGUAUGUAAAUAAACUGUAUGGCCUUUAAGCCAACUUCAGUACUCUGCCUUUUCUGUAGUUUAACUUUCUAGUUUUGUUCAUAUUCUAAAUGUUAAAAUCAUGCUUUUUAUUUCCUACUUUAUAAAUAAAUUCUCUAAGUUGUUUACUA